CGAUAGUGACAUCGCUGUUUGUUCACCUCUAGCGUUUAAAUUGUUUUAUAUUCAUCUUUUUUUAGCUAUCGUGUUUAAAUUCAUUUAUACUUAAUUUUCUACGCUAUAUAAUAUGGCCACGUCCAUAGAAUUAAGUUCAUACCGUGAUCAGCACUUUAAAGGCUCACGCUCGGAGCAAGAACGCUCUUUGCGGGACUCGACCACACUUUAUGUGGGCAAUUUAUCAUUCUACACAACCGAGGAGCAGAUACACGAGCUCUUCUCACGUUGCGGCGAUGUGCGGCUUAUUGUCAUGGGCCUGGACAAGUACAAGAAGACGCCCUGUGGCUUUUGUUUCGUUGAAUAUUAUACGCGUCCCGAGGCCGAAGCUGCCAUGAGAUUUGUUAAUGGCACACGACUGGAUGAUCGACUGAUUCGCGUGGAUUGGGAUGCCGGCUUCAUUGAAGGCCGUCAAUAUGGACGCGGCAAAACUGGGGGACAAGUGCGUGACGAAUAUCGUACAGAUUAUGAUGCUGGCCGAGGCGGCUAUGGCAAAUUGCUCUCCCAAAAGAUUGCGCCCAACACUGAUAAUCGCUAGAGAUAAGAUUAUGUGCAGAAUCUGCGCCCC